UAGUAAUGCUGAAGUAAUUGCUAUUUGAAGUGCAUUUUGCAGUGGUGAGAUCAUUUGGGGCCUCUAGGGAAGAGUUGAGUUGAGAUCAUUCACCGGAGAGAGACCCUAAACGCCAAAACUACACCGUCUUAUCUGUUUUGCAAUGGGCAAGAAAAAGUCUGAUUCAAAGUCCGACCACAGCUUCGAGAAGAAGCUUCAAUUUUAUUCCAAGGUGAAAGAUGCUGUUGCCUCCUUGAGUGCCCAAAAGUCUAUUUUGAAGAAAAAGAGCAAACAACAAAGACGGCAAAAUAAAUUGAAGGCAUAUAACCUAUCUUCACUUUUAGAGUCCCUUCCUGAAGUGAGGGCAUCAAAGAAACCAGGUCGUGAGAAUGACUCCAAACUUAAUUGUAAAUCAAGACAGACGUUGGUGUUGAGGGAAAGAGAUCGAGUUUCUGCAGUUCUUAAGGAUCCUAGCUUUCAAGCAGAUCCCCUGUCCGCCAUUCAGCAUUACUUACAGAAGACACAACCAGUUGUAGAGGAACAGCCUAAGAAAAAAGUGAACAAAAAUGGAUCCAAGAAGAAGAAGAAAUCAAAGGCUUCAACUGGACUACAAUCUAUGGAAAUUUAGUCCUUGUGUGGCUGCUAUAAUUAUCUGCUUUUUGGGAAGGUCUUUCCAUAAUCAUAUUACUUAUGUAAAACAUCAAGUACUCGAAUUAUCUGUUAGUACUUUGAUUAUUUGUUUUUGCAGUAUAGUAAUUUCACUUCUUAUUUUUGAAAUUCUCUUAGGACAAAAGGUUCUAUCUUAAAAUGUUUAAUUUUUUCAUGAAAUACGGGAUCAUUGACAAUUGAA